AUGUCAUAUCGGGACUAUAAUAGUCAAGUAUCGUCUUACAUGUUCUCUUGUGAUGUUUCUAAAAACGAAAAUCCUUGGAUAUACGAGACGUCCAGCUCCCUUGUAGUGUCAGCAGAUGAGAGUUUCCCAAAGCAAGUAUCCAAUAAGCAGCCCCUGAGAGAGAAAAAUAGAAAAAAUUGUGGUUAUCGUCACGUGCCCCACAAAGACAAGCCAGCGCAGGUUGUUGCCAGAAGGAACGCAAGAGAAAGAAGACGAGUCCAAGCCGUCAAUACCGCCUUUGUAAGAUUGAGAAAAGCUGUUCCAAUUCAGAAUGUUAGAGGAAAAAGAGUGAGUAAAGUAAAGACGUUACAACAUGCAAUCAACUACAUUCGUGCAUUGCAGAGGAUUUUGCAAGAACACGGAAACUGUGGUUCCUCUUAUGCUGUGUGUAAAUACUCGCAGUACAAACAACAGGAUUAUUUCCAGCGUAUGGACUAUGAGGAGUUGUAG